UCUUACAAAAUUUGUUCAGGGCGCCAUUUUCAGAUUUACAACAACAACAAAAUUUAAAAAAUGUCAGAAGAAAUGGAAGUUGCGACCUCCAACACGGAAACAUCUCCUCAAAGAACGCUUAAUCUUGAAACAGACUUUGGUCCCAUUGAGGUUCCUCCUGCACCCCAAACAGUUGCCACCUACAGUAUUAAUGGACCUAGGCUAAUGAUAACUCAUAUUGUAAAUGAAAAUUUCAAAUCCUAUGCUGGUGUGCAGACAUUAGGACCAUUCCACAAGAGUUUUACCUCUAUAGUUGGACCUAAUGGUAGUGGCAAGUCCAAUGUUAUUGAUUCCAUGUUAUUUGUGUUUGGAUUCAGAGCUAAUAGAAUUAGGUCAAAGAAGAUCAGUGUUCUCCUUCACAAUAGUGAGAACCAUAAGAAUGUUGAGAGCUGUACAGUGGCAGUACAUUUCCAAAAGAUCAUAGACACAGGGGACAGUGAUGAAGAAUAUACAGUGGUACCCAACACAAAAUUUGUUGUUUCCAGAACUGCCUUCAGAGAUAACAGCUCUUAUUAUAUGAUAGACAAAAAGAAAGCAACAUAUAAAGAAGUGACUAAUCUCCUCCGAGGCAGUGGUAUUGAUCUAGACCACAACAGAUUUCUUAUUUUACAGGGGGAGGUAGAACAGAUAGCUAUGAUGAAACCAAAGGGUCAGUCUGAGAAUGAUGAUGGUAUGUUGGAAUUCUUAGAGGAUAUUAUUGGGAGUAAUAGAUUCAAAGAACCCAUUGAAGUUCUGGCUAAAAGAGUGGAAACACUGAAUGAAAUGAGAGGAGAAAAGCUUAACAGAGUGAAGGCUGUAGAAAAAGAGAAAGAUAAUUUAGAAGGUCCUAAGAAUGAGGCAGUGCAGUUUCUGAAUAUGGAGAAUGAUAUUGUACGACAGAAAAAUAAACUUUACCAUAAGUACAUAUCUGAAUGUGCUAGUAAUGAAAAGAAAGCUACUGAUGAGCAUAACAAAAUAAAUGAAGGAAUGAAAGAUGUUAAUGAGCAAAUAGCAAAGAUAGAAGCUGCAAAGAAAGAAAAAGACAAAGAAUUAGGAAAAAUUUAUAGUGAAUAUGAAGGACAGGUAAAACAUUUGGAAGAAUCAAAAGAAAAAUUCACAGAAUAUGAAAAGCAAGAUGUCAAAUGUAGAGAAGAUUUAAAACAUAAUAGACAGAAAACAAAGAAAUUAGACAAGCAGUUGGAACAAGAAAAGAAAAAGGUGGAAGACUUGAAAUCAAUGCCUGGUGAAACUGAGAAAGCUAUUACCAGUCACCAAGGAAAAUUGGAGAAACUUGAAGUUAAAAAGAAGGAAGAAGAGGAAAAAAUGGCUGUAGUGAUGGAAGGACUGAAAACUGAGACUAAGGGACUACAAGUAGAGAAAGAUAAGAGAGAAGAAGAGUUGUUAGAACAACAGAAGUUUGUAAAUGAUAUCAAAUCUAAGUUGAAUAUUGCACAGUCUGAGUUGGACAUUUAUUUAAGCAACCAGCAGAGUGAAACAAAUAAAUUAAAAGAAAUGGAGAAAAAUCUUGACAAGGCAAAAAAUACACUGGAACAAAGAGCCCAGGAAAUAAGUGAUAUACAAAAGAGAUUACCAGAAUCAGAAAAUAUGGUUGAAAAGGCAAAGAAAGAUCUUGAACUUGCCACUCGUACAGAAGAAAAAUCAACACAUGAUUUAAGAUCUUUAAGAAGUAAAGUAGAGGAAGCAAGGAGUUCAAUGCAGGCAGCUAAAAGUAAAGGGAAAGUUAUAGAUGCUCUAAUGCAGAUGAAGAAAAAUGGACAACUACCAGGUGUCAAUGGUAGACUGGGAGAUCUUGGAGCUAUAGAUGAAGAAUUUGAUGUUGCUAUAUCGACUGCUUGUGGUGCCUUGGAUCAUAUUGUUGUUGACACAAUCAACACAGCUCAAAAAUGUGUAGAAUAUCUCAAGAAAAACAACAUAGGUUCUGCAACAUUUAUAGGUCUGGAUAAAAUGGCUAGAUGGAAAGAUCAUACGAAGAGAAAAAUCAACACACCAGAAAAUGUUCACAGAUUAUUUGAUCUGGUUAAAACAAAAACUCCUGAAAUACUGCCUGCAUUUUACUUUGCUUUGAGAGAUACAUUAGUAGCCAAUGAUCUGGAUCAAGCCACCAGAAUAGCUUAUGGAAAAACUAGAUUCCGAGUAGUUACACUUCAAGGAGCUCUUAUUGACCAAUCAGGUACUAUGAGUGGAGGUGGUAAGUCUGUUAUGAAAGGAAGAAUGGGAUCAGCCUUAGCAGCCGAUGUAGAUCCCAAACAAUUAGCCAAUAUGGAAAAUAUGCUAGAAAAGCUAACAUCUGAAGCCCAGACAAGUAGAGCAAAUAAGGAAAGAUUAGAAGAUGUGAUAAGAAGAGAGGAAAAAGAUCAUACACAUAUGAAACAUUCAUUACAGAAAUGUACAAUGGAUAUUGAGGCAAAUAAAGAACAACAGACAAGGUUAACAAAACAAAUAAAAGAACAGGAAGUCAGAGUUAAAGCAGCUGCUCCAGAUGAAAAAGAGUUAAAACAGUUGGAGAAAAAAGUAGGAGAAUACAAGAAAGAAUAUGAAAAAGUUGGUGGUGCUGCAGCUAAAGUAGAAGCAGAAGUUCAAAGAUUACACAAAGAGAUUAUGGAGAUAGGAGGAUCUAAGAUGAAGGCAGCUCAACAUAGAGUUGAUGCCAUUAGUAAACAGAUUGAUGAAGUGACAGGUCAAGUCACUAAAUGUCAGGUUGCCAUCAAAACAUCACAAAGAAAUUUGAAGAAAGCAGAAGACAAGGUUAUUUCUGUUGAAGAAGAAAUACAAGAAAAUAAAGACAAGAUAGCUGAGUUAGAUAAAUUGUUCAAAACAUUAGAAGAAGAGGCUACCCAAGUGUUAGAAUCCUACCAACAAUCUCAGGAAAAAAUGAAAGAAGCAGAAACAGCAUUAAAUGAAGUAAAAGCUGUAGUAGCUAAACUGGAAGAAGAUGAAAAUAAACUUCAAAAAGAUUUUGUGGAUGUCAGACAUGAAUUGGAAAAGUUUGAAAAUAUAAUGAAAACAAACCAGCAGAAAAUCAAACAUUGGAAAAAAGAGAUAGGCCAUUUACAGCUGAGCCCUAUAAGUGGACAGGAAGUAGGAGAGAUAGCAGCUAUACCUGAUGAAGAACUAGCAGAACUAGAUAAGGAAGCCAUACAGUAUGAAAUAACUGUUCUCGAAGAAAAACUGGCACAGAUGAAACCAAACAUGGCGGCUAUUGCUGAAUAUAGGAAAAAGGAAGAGCUAUAUUUACAAAGAGUAGGAGAAUUAGAUAAAAUAACAGACCUAAGGGAUUCCCAGCGUAAAUAUUUUGAUGAAUUACGGAAACAGAGACUGGAUGAGUUUAUGGCAGGAUUCAGUGUUAUCACAAAUAAACUGAAGGAAAUGUACCAGAUGAUUACACUAGGAGGGGAUGCUGAGUUAGAACUUGUGGACUCGUUAGAUCCAUUCUCAGAAGGGAUAGUAUUUAGUGUACGACCUCCAAAGAAAUCAUGGAAAAACAUAUCUAAUUUAUCUGGCGGUGAAAAGACACUGAGUUCUUUGGCUUUGGUGUUUGCCCUUCAUCACUACAGACCAACACCUCUUUAUGUUAUGGAUGAAAUUGAUGCUGCUUUAGAUUUCAAGAAUGUUUCUAUUGUGGCCAAUUACAUUAAAGAGAGAACAAGAAAUGCACAGUUUAUCAUCAUAUCACUCAGAAACAACAUGUUUGAACUAGCAGACAGACUUGUAGGCAUUUAUAAAACUGACAACUGUACAAAAUCAGUGACAAUUAAUCCAACAAAAUUGUCACUACCACUGCAAGAACAAUCUAUUAAUACACAGCAACCAGUAAACACACAACAACCAGUGGUUACAUUAACAUGAGAGAAAAAGUAAUCAAAUGUGAUUGGAUAAUAAAAUGGUACAAUGAUAUAAAGAAAGGCAAUUAAUGUCCAUGUUUGAGAUUUUCAGUGAAUGGGAUAGCCAUGUACAUAGAAUUGAAAAGCAUGAAAUGUAUCCUGUUAUUAUCGAACUAAUUAUAAAACAAUUUAUGUAUGCCAUUUCCAAUGCAUUAUUGUAACUCAAAGUGUUUGCUAUCUGACAAUAUAAGAUAGUAUGUUAGGAGUUAGAAUUGAAACUUUUAUGAAUCAGACUAUAUAUCAUCUGAGUAUGAACUGAGCAGAUAAUGCAGAUGUGAAAUUGAAUUUUAGUUAACAUGUAUAAUCUAGUGAUUAGAUUUUUAAUGUAUCUUUAUUGUGUCUCAUUUCACUAUACAUAUUCUUUCUGUCAAAUCUUUAACUUUAAUAAUAUAAACAGUCCAACAGAAA